AUGUCUAAGAAAUAUGUGGUGGUGGUGAUGAUGAUGCUUAUAAUGUGUGUUAUGCUUUUAACGCCGAUUCAAAGCUUGAAACUAAAAGCAGGUACCUCCUGGGGUAAAAGUUUUCCAAGAAAGAACCAAGAAACAGAAACAAACCUUCAGUUUUAUUUCCACGACACGAUCAGCGGAAAAAACCCAAGUGCUAUUAAGGUAGCCGAACCGGUAGGCAACACCAAACCAUCGUUCACCCAGUUCGGAAGCAUCUGGAUGGCGGAUGACCCGUUGACCGAAACAUCAGACCCGAAGUCGAAGCUCGUGGGCCGGGCACAAGGUAUUUACGCUUCGUCGGGUCAGCAGGAGCUCGGGCUUCUAAUGUCUCUGAGCUACUCGUUUGUUGACGGACCGUAUAAUGGUAGCACGUUUGCUCUUGUUGGGAAGAACUCUGUCAUGAACCCGGUUCGUGAGAUGCCGGUUGUUGGUGGCACUGGGCUUUUUCGUAUGGCAAGGGGUUACGCCAUUGCUAAGACUCAUUGGUUUGAUAUGACCUCUGGUGAUGCUAUUGUUGGCUACAAUGUCACACUCGUUCAUUAG